CCUCGAUCGAUAAAAAGGCUCACUACCCGCGUCAGUGACGUGAUGGAGCCACAAUUCGUUAAAAUUCAAAAAAAAGUAUUACAAAAAAUUAGUAGUUGUUUAGUAAAACAUUAGUGACCUAAUAUUACAUUGGAAGCUUCAAGAACACAUAUAAAGUACAAUGUAUAUCGCUUCAGCUUGCGACGAGGUAAAGUUCCACCGUUUUCCGGAUGGAAACCUGGCGCAUCACUACCAACCUGGCGGCAAGGAUAAAGGUUCAGUGAAAAGCAUAUCCUGGGCUAAAGGAGGAAACUGGCUGGCCCUGAUUCCGCACACCGGCCACAGCGAAAUAAUCAGCAUCAAAGGGCAGUUGAAGCUGAUUCAUACCGUUUUGGAGGUGGAACAGCCGACCUGUUCGGCGUUUCAACAUGAAACCAAGAAGCUUCUGGGGUUGGGGACUAAAAGCGGUCUAGCUUUGGUGUACGAUAUUAAAGCUAGGCAUGUGAAGAAGAGAUUUCCGCGUGGUUCUUCGGCGAUAACGCAGAUAGCAUUCACUGCGAAAGACUCUCACGUUGUAGCCUCAUGUAUUAACGGUGAAGUGUUGUUGUAUAGCAAUACAUCAAACAAUCUAUCUGGCACUUUUAGAGUACCCAGAUCAACCACUGUAUCGACUAUAAGAACAAGUGCACAAAAAAGACAUUUAGUGUUGGGCGGUAGCAGUGAGGGCGUUGUUGUUUGUUGGGAUAUCAAUGCAUCAAAAACGAAAUUCACCAUAGAUGCCCAUAAGGCACCUGUAACGUCGCUUGCUUUCUCACCUGUUAACUCCGAUCUAAUUAUAUCAACAGGUCUAGAUAGGCAGUUCAACUUAUACGAUAUUGAUAGCAAUAAACGCAUUGCGAGAAUCCCUGUCGACAACAACAUAACGGCUGUGGAUUUCUCAGCAGAUGGACUUCAUUUUGUUGUUGGUUCGCAAAACGGUAAAAUUCUUGUGUACGACACAAGAAACAUACAACAACCCAGCGAUGUAUUCGAUUCAUUUCCCAACAAAGCCAUAAAGCAUUUGUAUAUUCAGCCCCAAAGCGAGCACGAUUCGAGCAUUUGCAGCAAUGUCACCAUAAAAAAUAGCCCGUUAAUUAAACGGGAAGAGCAAAACAACGUAACUAAUGAUAGCUUCGGUAUGUUUAUAGAUCAGGGUGUGCAUGAACCUGAUACCAGUGUUAAAUGUGAAGGUGACUCAAAUGGCAUAGGCGAUUCUUUUUUGGAUGCCUUGGGUAUAGAACAAAGCAAAGAUGAGUCCAUUAAAGCUGCAAAUCCACCACCGGUCUUACAAAUAAGUGAUAGCGUUAAAAAGUGGCUUGAUAGUAAUAAAUCCAUCGUGAUAGAAUCCCCAAAAAAUCCAAAUAAACUUAUACAUGAAAGGUUAGGUUUAGGAGACUCAAAAAGACUUUCGUUUUCCACUCCUAUAUCAGCAACGCAAAAACAAUUGGAGACACCAGGCCACCGAUUAUCACCUGUUAUAAGUAAGUCUAAUUUAGAUAACAACAUUGCCAUAUCAAGUAUAAGAACUAUGAUACAGGAAGAAAUAACAAAGGCACAGGAAAAAAUCACUCAAGAUAUAAAAUAUCAAAUUAUGUCCAAUGCAUCCGAGCUAAGAAGAGUAAAUUUAAACCUGCAAAUGUCCAUGAUAAAAGAGUUUAUUAAAGUCGAAAAUCACUGUAACGCCAUAAAAGAUAGUCUAAAUGGAAAUACGAUGACACACCACGAGUUGUAUCUUCAAGAAGAAAACGCAUUAUUACGCGAAAGAGUCGCCCAGUUAGAAGAUGAGCUGUCUUCCUUGACUAGUAGUUUAAGCAGUAAGAAUUCCCAAUGUUGAUAUUAAUAUUACGUACUAAUGUUCUAUUUAAUUUAAUAUUUUUUUUAAUAAUGAAUAUGCUGUUUCAUAUUUUUCUACUUUUGUAUCUCGAGUAAAGAUUAGAUAUCUA